AAAUUAAUUAAGAUGUCAUCAGUCAAUAUGUUAGAUAACAUCAGAAGAAGGAAUACAGAGGAGGGUGAUGAAGAUGGCAACUGCGCGGUGGGAUACACAGAAGACGGGACGGUGGAUCUGAAAGGGAACCCAAUACUGAGAUCAAAACGUGGUGGCUGGAAAGCUUGUUCUUUUAUUGUUGUGUAUGAGGUAUUUGAAAGGAUGGCUUAUUAUGGGAUAUCAUCCAACUUAAUAAUAUACCUAACGACAAAGCUUCGACAAGGGACAGUAACCUCAUCAAACAAUGUCACCAAUUGGGUUGGUACCAUUUGGAUGACUCCUAUUCUUGGCGCUUACUUUGCUGAUGCCGUCCUUGGUCGUUAUUGGACUUUCAUCAUCUCUGCAGCUAUCUACCUCACGGGAAUGUGCUUACUUACGCUAGCAGUUUCACUACCAGUGCUAAAGCCUCCUGGCUGCGAUUCCGGGACGGACAACUGCAAGAAAGCAUCCCCCUUGCAACUAGGCGUUUUUUUCGGCGCCCUCUAUACUCUUGCUAUCGGAACAGGUGGGACCAAGCCUAACAUCUCCACCAUCGGUGCUGACCAGUUUGACGAUUUUGACCCUAAGGAGAAAUCCCAGAAACUUUCCUUCUUCAACUGGUGGAUGUUCAGUAUCUUCUUUGGUACCCUGUUUGCCAACACGGUCCUCGUCUACAUCCAAGACAAUGUUGGAUGGUCGCUUGGUUAUGGCCUCCCCACACUUGGCCUCCUGAUAUCCAUCUUGAUCUUCUUGGCCGGAACGCCCUUUUACAGGCACAAGGUCCCUUCCGGCAGCCCCUUCACUAAGAUGGCCGGGGUCAUUCUUGCGGCCCUUAAGAAAUGGAAGCUACCCGUCCCCACUGAUCCCAAGCAACUCUACGAACUUGACUUGGCCGAGUAUGCUAAGAAAGGAAAGCAUAGGAUCGAUUCCACUGCCACACUCAGGUUCUUAAAUAAAGCUUGUGUUAGAACCGAAGCAGCUAGUACUCUGCCAUGGACGGUCACUGAGGUCGAGGAAACUAAACAGAUACUGAGAAUGAUACCCAUUCUGAUAGCAACCUUUGUCCCUAGCACAAUGAUUGCACAGAUUAGUACGCUUUUUGUCAAACAAGGAACAACUCUGGAGAGAAAUAUCGGAAGCUUCGUAAUCCCGCCAGCCAGCUUAGCCGGGUUUGUCACCCUGUCCAUGCUUAUAUGUGUCGUGCUUUACGACCGCGUCUUUGUUAGAAUAAUGGCAAAGUGGACCAAGAACCCCAGAGGGAUCAGCCUCCUCCAAAGAAUGGGGACAGGCAUGGUUAUCCAUAUAAUUAUAAUGCUCGUGGCAUCCUUUACCGACAGAUACAGGCUAAGUGUCGCAAGAGAUCAUGGUGUUGUUGAGAGUGGGAAACAAGUGCCUCUGUCAAUCUUCAUUCUGCUUCCUCAGUUCAUAUUGAUGGGCUUGGCAGAUGCAUUUCUAGAGGUGGCUAAGAUCGAGUUUUUUUACGAUCAAGCACCCGAGAGCAUGAAGAGUCUUGGGACUUCUUGUUCCAUGACUAGUUUGGGGGUUGGGAGUUUCUUCAGUAGCUUUCUUCUUUCAACGGUUUCACGUUUAACUAAGAGGGACAAUGGUAACAGAGGAUGGAUUCUCAACAACCUCAAUGCCUCCCACCUGGACUACUAUUAUGCCUUUUUCGCCGUACUCAACUUGUUGAACUUCAUUUUCUUUCUGGUAAUGACCAAGUUUUACAUAUACAAGGCUGAAGUCUCAGAUUCUAUGAUCAUUCUUGAAGAGGAAUUGAAGUCAACCCAUUAUGUGGAAGCCAAACAACAAGUGGCAUCAAGAUUCAUCUUAACUUAGAGAAUACUAUACGAAAAAGCUGUGUGUCCUUUCCCUUCUUAAUUAUAUUAAUGACAUGCAUGGGAGUGUAAUUAAACCACAUAAAUUGCUCGUAUAUAUAAAACGUGUUCCCAGAACCUGGGGUCGUGCCAUUGGCGUUCCAGGGAACGCGUGA